AUGAAAGAUAGUGAUGUUCACGGUUUACUUCUUGUCGAUGAAAUGAAGCUGUCAAAAACAGUUGCAUUUAAUCGUCAAAACCUGAAAGUUGAAGGUUUUACGGAUCUUGGGAAAUAUACACCGGAGCAUCAAAAAUCUGUUAAAGGGGAUCAUGCUCUGGUUGUGAUGUUUCAACCUUUCAAGGGUAAAUGGGUGCAAACCUUAGGAUGUUUCCUGAGUAAAGGGAGCGCAAAUGGCACAGUGCUACAUCAAAUAAUGACGGAGGCAAUCAUUCUUGCUGAAAGGGCUGGAUUGAGAGUAGACGGCAUCGCAAACGACGGCGCAUCGUGGAACAGGAAUAUAUCCAAAUUGACGAUUGUGGUUUUUUCGGAUUUCCCGCAUUUAAUUAAAUGUUUACGAAACGCUUUUUCGAAACAUGAAAGAUAUGAUCGCAUUUGGACACCAGAUGGAUUCGUGUCACUGAAUCAUUGGUAUGCUCUACUCGAUAUUCAAGAUCCAUCAGCAUAUAGCAUGUCAAUUAAUUAUAAGUUAACCGAACAACACAUCAAACCACAGUUUUAUAAAAAAUUAAACGUUGCUUUAGCUUUUCAGUUUUUUGGUGUUGCUGAGGCAAUGACUAUCUUGAGAGAUGAACAUCCGAAUUUACGUGAUUGCGACGGAACUAUAAAGUUCUGCAGUAGAGUAAAAUCUUUGAUUACAGCGUUGAAUUGUAGAACACCAGCAAAUGAAUUAAAGCCCGGAAACGCCAUGUGGAAGAGCAUAGAAAGUUUCCUGCAAUUUUUAGAAGAAUGGGAAGCAGAAGCCAAAGAUAAAAAAAAUAAUUUUGAAUUCAUCACUGAACAAACGUGCUACGGCUUAAAAGUUUCGUUAAAAGGUGCUCUCGAAAUUUUCAACUAUCUCGUUAGCGAAUGUAAUUUAGAUAUUUGAUGACAGUGAGACUUAACCAGGACAACUUAGAAAGAUUUUUCGGAAUGAUGCGGCAUUGCUGUGGAUGCAAUGAUCAUCCCGAUUCAGCAAUCUUUCUUCAAAUGUACAAGCUCGUAUCGACAUAUUCUUUAAUUAAACCUCCAAAAGGAUCAAACGUUACCGACAGUGAUCUCAUUGACGUAAUUGUUGGUAUUAAAGACAUUCCGAAGAUUGAUGAACGAAAACAGCAGUGGAACGAUCAGCUUGAUACAAUUUUGGAUAAGGGAUUAAACGUUGACAAAAUUUGCGAUGCAUCUCUUCACUUAGAUGAUCACGAUUAUUUUCAUUGUACAACCAUGUAUUGGCAUAUAUCGCUGGAUUUGUCGCUCGAAGAGCAAGUCGAUUUGCUGCAAUGAAAACUAAAAAAAAUGAAUCUGUCAGCUGCGAAGAAUGUUUGUCAUCAUUACGUUUGGGUGCAAAUGACACUUCUCCAGAAUAUUAUAAACUCAUCGAAAUGCGAAGUCGUGGUUACUUAAUUAAACCAUCCGAAAAAUUGUUUAAAUUAAUAUCAAUUUUGGAACGAGCGACGUUGCAAGUGAUGAAUACGGGAGAAGUUAGCGCGGAUACUAUUUUUAAAAUUACUGAUGCUCUCGAGAACUUGGAAAUUCCUCUUCCCUUGCUUGGAUGCGAAGAACAUCAAAUGAGUAUCACUCAUAAAAUAGUUUCUUUCUUUUUAACCACGCGCAUGUUUUUUAUAACGAAACAAGCAAACAAAAAUGACAAUAUUGAAAAAGAAAAAUCAAAAGAGAAUCGUAAAUUAUCCAAGCUAGUCAACGUAUCAAAUAAACGGAAGGGAGACGAAAUUGUGCUUGAAAAUCACGAUGAGCGAAUUCAAGCAAAAAAGCCAAGAAAACGAAAUAAUGUUAAUAAAAUUACUCAUUCCAAUACAAGAAAAUCAGGAACAAAAAAAUUACCGUCAAAAAAGUGACUUGUCAACUGAGUAGCUUUUUUUUUAAUUGUUAAAUAAUAUUAUAAUUUAUAUUUAAGCCCGGAAUAGAAAUUACAAA